UAACGAAAGCGAAACUAACGACGUUGAGGAGUGUCAGUGUAAUGGCUGAUAAGGAGAUUCUUGCUACCUAAAACGGGUCGACAAUUCCGUAUGUUCUGAAAAAGAUGGAGAGAGUCGUCGCCCGGACGACCUUCCUGAUCCUUCUGUUGUCCCUCGGAGUUACCGUGACGGACGCGGACGACCUUCAGCUGGUUGGGGGAGAUGUUUUUGAACUGGUAAACACGGACAUUAUUCUGAAAUGUGUAAUAAAGAACAUGCCAACCAAUGUGAGAAUGGAAAAUAUGGGUGUUGUGUGGACAAAGACGGUUUCUGAUAAUCAGACAUCAAUUUAUACCUUCCAAGCUGGAACAGCAACCUCUCAACGUAAUGGAGCCUACAUGGAUAAGGAUAAACUUCUGGACGGAGAUGCUUCACUCCAUCUCCCAAAUGUACAGUUUGAUGAUGAAGGUGAUUAUAAGUGUGUUGUGUACAUCACUCCAGUCAAAGGUGAACUGCAAUUUCUGCUAGAAGUGUCUGAACGCCCCCGUCUUGAUAUUGAGCCAAAGGAAACAGAAGUAUUGCUUGGUAACGAGCGAUCCAUUGUAUGCAGAGCAAAUGACUUUUACCCUAACAAGAUUGACAUUAAAUGGAUAAAAAUCAAAGGAGGUGUGAUUGAACCCAUGACAGAUAAUGUCUGCACUGGAAGUCCUACUAUGAAUGACAAAGGGAUCUUUGAUAUCACCAGCCGCAUCAUAAUAAAGCCGGUGAUGGAAGAUGACGGCAAUAUGUACAGAUGUGAAGUGCUUCACAGGACAUUUAAAGGCGGACACUAUGUGGAGUCAAAAUUGACGGUCAAAGAACUAGAAGAAUCUUCAAAAGUUCCGAUGAUCGUAGGGAUUCUUAGUGCAAUAUUUGGUCUAAUUGGAAUCACUGCAUAUCUGUUAUACCUAAAAGUAUUUAAGCCCAUUGCUCCUCAGGUGACAGUUUUACAAACUCCUGGUUCAUUGAAACAUAAAGAACAAUCAAUUUUGUCCGUCUUAGUGUCUGGAUUUCGCCCUAGAAAUAUUGAAGCUAUUUUAUAUGUAGAACGGGCAAAUAAGGAACCAAUUAAAAUUUUUCGGUAUGAAUUAGAACAAAAGAAACCAAUCAACAUUUUCAAGGAGAAAACCCCUGACGAAGUUCGUGUGCCUUUGAACACCAAUGAAAAUGAAUGUGUUAAAGAUGACUCAUUUGAGGCCAAAAUUACAGAAGGAAAGGCUCAUGGAGACGGCACAUACUCAUUUACAUUGACUGUAACAAUUUUUCCAGACAUUUAUAAAGACAACGGUGCUGUUCUAAUCCUCAAAAUUCAACAUUCAUCAUCUAAGAAACCCAUUGAAUGGAAACAGACGAUUAAUGUCAUUGGAGUGAAACCCAGACUGAAUCAGAUACUGGUGCCACCUAUUCUGGUACACGGCGACCUUGUUGCUCUGACCUGCCCUAUCAAUGGAUUUAAGCCCCGGCCUUUGAUUAUCACAUGGUACAAGCAAGAGCUAAACGGGAAGGAAAAGAAAAAAAUUCUCUGUGAUAAUGAAAAGGGAGAACUAAAGCACUAUAGUAAUGAUAUACAGAAAAAGAGAUACUCUCACAGUAUAAGUGAGAUGAUGGACAAGAUUGACCAUACUUAUGAUGUCAUUAGUGUCCUGACGUUUAUUCCAUCAGUCAGUGAUGAUGACCAGGCCACAUUCAUCUGUGAAGUUGAGCACAUUGACACCAAGUACACUGUAAAACAAGAGAAGGUUAUACAUGUGAAAGCGACUCCAAAACUAGACUCAAUUCAGCUGGUGCACGAUUCUCCUGUGGCAGGUGCUUCAAUGGGUUUAACCUGUAGAAUUCACUCGUACUACCCAAAAACUUCCCUUGAGGUGUUCUGGUUUCGUGAUGACACUCCUCUAGGAGAUGUUGAUGUUGGAGACACAACCAGGUCAGACGAUGAACUAUACUACUGCACAAGUAGCGUAAAAACAAUUCCUGACUGGAAAGAUCUGGGCAGUGUGUUUAAGUGCUUGGUUAAGCAUGAGAGUUUACCUGAAUCUCGAGAAACAAAAUGGACUUUGGAUGAACUAGUUUCACUACCAAAAGUACACGAAAUCUUAAGCAACCCAAAACUACCAGAGCUUGGAAAGCCUCUUACACUCUGCUGUGUGGUCAGUGAUUUUUUCCCAAAAGACUGUGACGUUGUUUGGGUCAGAGGAUAUCAAAGAAUGGAAGAUGGAACAAAAACAGAGGAGCCUGAAUUAGACAAUACCACUAAACUGUACAGUCGAAAAACACAGCGGACGUUCUACCCCGUCUUAGAAGACCUGGGCAGUGAGUUUACGGUGGAGAUGACUCAUCGUGGAGUUACUCAUCGGCCUGAGAAAGACUUGUUUGUUAUGAAAUUUAAAGGUAUUCCAACAGUGAGUGCAGUUACAAAGGACACUAGUAUUUGCAACUAUGGGCAUCCCGUGAAGCUGUCCUGUGAUGUCACAGGAUUUCUUCCCAAAGACAUCACUGCUGAAUGGAGGCAAGAAGGAAGAACAAUAACGGAAGGGGUGAAUAAGGUGUACAGCGAUGGCACUGAUGAACACGGCUGCUACAGCCUGAGCAGCACCUUGGAUUUCAUUCCUACAGCGUAUGAUUUCAAGAAAGAUUACUACUUUUUUGUUCAACAUCAGAAACUAAAGGAACCGAUUGAGAGGCCUGCAGACAUAUUACUGAGUGUGAGACGACCUGUGGUCUCUGAGAUCGUGGCCAACCCCCAAGUUGUACAGUUUAAUCAGAAGGUCCGCCUGAGCAUCAAUAUUGAAGAUUUCUCACCUCAGGAUAUCACAGUGACGUGGAAAAGAGCAGACCAGGAGCUUCAAGGGAUGCUGAACAAGGAGCUGAAUGCCAACAAGCUGCUGAACGCAGUAAGCUGGAUCGAGUUCAUUCCACGGGUCCAAGACCAAGCGAGCAACUUCCAGUGCGAGGUGCAGCACCUGGUCUCCAAAUUCCAGAAGAAGAAGGAAUACGUACUGCUUGUGAAAGAUGAGCCUCUAUGUUUUGGAUCACGAGCAGAUCCAGUCUUCCUCAACCAUUUGGCCUUUCGAUCACUUUGGUAG